AUGCUGUGGGCGAGUCCUCAUCUCGGAGAUGGCGAGGCAAUGGUCGGUCCACCCGUCGGCAUCCGCCAUUGUCUUUGUCACCUGCACGUCCUGUCGGUCUCGCUUCCGGAUGAGGACAUAGUCCGACAGGUGCCAGUGUGGCGAGCGAGGAUGCAUCCAGGUGGCCUUCUCUUGCGUCGGAAGGAGGAAAAAGGUGUUGGUGAGGAUGAGGAGGUGCUCUGCGCAGGUUCGCAGAGGAGCAGGCCAUUGCCAGCGGAGCCGUCAAGACCACGGUGGCCCAACAUUCCUCUCCAGGCAGCAUGGCUUGUAUCGACGCGGGCGUUGAAGUCACCAAGGACAAUCAACUUAUCCGUCUUUAGCACAGACGCCACGAAGGCGUGCAGGUCCCCGUAUAAUUUGUUCUUUGUCUCGUCAGGACUGGUCAUCGGGGAGCGUAGACGCUGAUGACGGUGGCGAAUUCGCCUCCCCGAAGAGGCUGGCGGAGACUCAUCGGACGAUCACUGUUGCCCUGCGGCAGACAGGACAGUCGGCCCACGAUGUCCUUCCGGAGGGCAAAGGGGAUGUCCGCGUCUUAUCGUUCUGCCCUGGGGCGGCCGCUCCAGAAGAAGGUGUAGCCGGCAACCACCUCCUCCAGUUGGCCUUGGUCGGAGAACCGGGCCUCGCAAUGCCCACCUUGUAA